AUUAUUGGACGGAGUCUUCACGUGAUUUUGAUGUUUUUUUAAUAAUCGUUGAGAGUCAUUGUGAGGGAUUUUACUGGAACUUUUGGAGAGCCAAGUGCUCGGCACCCAUGGAGGAGACCACAUUCUCCUGCUCGGGGAAGGUCACCCCCACCGACCCCCACCUCCCCCCCUCCAGCCUCGUGCACCGCCCCCACCUGAACCCCAUCCUCCACCCGCCCUCCCUCCCCACCUUCCCCUCCUCAACCCCAAUCCUCUUCGGUUCCCCGCACCCCGCGGCCACCGCGAUCAUCCAGCUGAAGCACCUGAUAAAGCUCAUGGAGAUGAACAUGAGGAUCCUAAACCGUCAUGAGAAUCCCCAGGAGCUCCCCCAACCCCACGAACCUCACACCCAAUCCCAGAUGAAUUACUACCACCUCCGCAAGGAGAUCCUCGACUUCGUCGUCUACAUCCGCAGCUACUUCCACUCAAUCCAGUCCCAGCUCCCCUACCUCCAGCACCCACUGGUGACCGAGUUGAAGACUGGAUUCGACGAGGUCCUCUUCUCCCUGGGGAAGUUCCUCUCUCGUUUGAAAAACAUCUCGCUACACUACUCGUCCUCGGGUAGUGGGAACAGAUGCCCCCAGCCGGGGUUCCACCUGUUUCAUCUUCACCUGGAGCUGCGCUGGAUGAUGAUCACCCUUGUUCAUCAGCAGACGCUUCAGGAUCAGAGCCAGGAUCAGAAUGAUCGACUGGAUCGGGCCCUGGAACUGUUCGUGCAGGACCUUAUCUUCGUAUCGAUGAAGACCUUUCAAAGAAUCGACUCGUCAGACCUCCUCCUGAAGACCCCGUUCAGCUGUUCAUGCGUCCGCGACCUCUGGCUGACCCUCCAAAUCACAAUCCCCAAGAUACCCCAAAAUCUCGGUAAUCGCACCUUCUGGAGCUACGUAAACUCCACCCUCGACAGGAUCAUCCAGUCCAACGAGGAAGGCUUGUCCUGGAAUAAGGCUGACAAGUGUCCCUACAAGCUCGACACAAAAAGCCCAGAGAUCUUUUGCAUCUGGAUGAUCUACCACCUGACCCUCCUCCACACCUACCCCCCGGAGGGAAGCUACCCCGGUUCCCCAAUCCUCCACGAGUCUAAUUGUCAUCAGCUAGAGAAGAUCCUCAAGUCCUUCUUGGAUAAAGGCGGGAAGGAAGGAGAGCGCGACGAGAUUGACGAAGAGUUGAGGAUCAUGAUUCCACUCUUGAAGAUGAUGAUCCUGGAGUUCUGGAAGGACAAGGACUCCUCCGUCAGGAUUAUCAGCUAUCUCUGGGACUGCUUUCACAGAAGAUUGGAUCAGCCGUUUCUGGUCCAGACGGCCGGGCCCUGGAGUGUCUCCUUGGAGAAGAAGAGCCCCAGAGACAUCUUGAAGCAGGUCAGGGAGAGGAUCAACGGGGAGAACCCCAAGGAGUCCAGCUUCGGGAUGUUUCUGAAGCUACUGGGGAUCAUUCUCAAGGAGAACUAUGAAAAACGCGAGGUGAAGGUGUGGAAUCAGAUCCGGGGAAGGGUUUACUCCAAGUUCUCGAAGAGCAAGGUGAAAGAGUUCUCGGAGGUCAGGCUCUUCAACCUGAUUUCACUGCUGUUGACCCUGGGCGUUACUGCGGAUGCUGAUAAUGUGGUCAAGGUGAUGAUGGGACUGCUGCCGAGCCCUCUGGAGGGAGAUGAGGAGAACGGACGGAGGGUAUCACUGAGUUUCAAGGGACAACUGUGUGGGGUUGCUCUUCUGUUGGAGAACCGGCUUGAUCUGAGGGGAAUUGGGGAGGAGAUGAUGAGCGUCGUCGGGGUCCUCAGCACCAGGAGGGACGACCUCGGGAGGGGCAUGAUGAGUGUCUUCGUGGAGACACUGAGGGAGAGCUUCGACAAGGUGGAUCUGCUGGACAACGGAGAGCAUCAUCUCAUCGGCGGCUGGAUAGAUCGGUACCUCCUGGAGUGUCCGAAAAAUCGAGCGGGAACAAUGUUGAAAAUGUUGUUCGACCUCUUGAACAAAUCCAGAGCUCUAGAUCUCCAGAACCUGGGAGGGAAAGAGAUGCUGGAGGCACUCUGGGCCUCCGCAGCCGCCAGAAUUCGGGCCCUCGUGUACGAUAACGAUUUGACCGAGGAGAACUGCGAGGACAUCGGAAAACUAGCUGCUGCGUUCACCCUCGAGGCUCUCAGGUGUCCAAAAAUGGCGGAGGGCCAGAAACAUUCGGCUCCAUCCUUGUUCAGGCACUUCACAUCGACGAUCUAUGUUAAAGACGUCAAUAUAUCCAGGAUUUAUCUCUCGAUUAUUCUUGAGAAUCGAGCGGCCAUUGGUGAAAUGAAGAAGAUUCUGGACAAUUUUGAUCAUUUGGUGAUGCAGGUCUGGCUGAAGUGUGCAAUCUCCAAUAUGGACCCCUCCACAAAAACCAUAAAAUCAUACCUAGUGGACGUAGAUCCAAUCCGCAAGCUCUUCCCUUCCUGGCGUGACUCCUUAGACUUCAAGACCUCGAACACCUCCCUCCUCCUCUUCCUGAACACCCUAAGCACCUACCGCUCCUCGUUGACCCCCUCCGAGCUCCCGCCCCUAGACAAACAGAUAAAAACGAUCUUCCUGACCCUCGACAAGUGGGUCCUCAGCCCCGUAAAACCCACCACAGAGGACUCCCCGACUUCCCUCUUCAUCUACCGUUGCCUGGGGACAAUAAUCCUCACCUGCGCCCCGAUCCUCUACACCCCCACGCCCACUAAUCCCCUCCGGGUGCUCAUCACCAAGAUAAUGCUACCCGCAGAGGACAAUUCCCACCUGAAACUCCUCGGCAAGAAGAUCUUCUCGAUGAUCGUCCUGGGGCUGCAGACCCUGUCCCCAAAACAGGAUCAAAUCCUCCAGAAGAUCGUCGUCGAGCUCUUCAAUGUCUACUUGCCACUCCUGAUAACUGAACACGACAGGAGCUUCAGGAUCGAACAGCUGAUCAAUCUCUUCAACAAGGAGAUCAGCGAUGACUUUGUGGAGGUGAUUUUUGAUAAAUUGUCAUCCAAUUAUCUGACCAUCGAGAACAACGAGUUGAGGAAGAAUUCCUAUUUGUUCAUGGAACUCAUGAAGGGGCUGCUGCGGGAGGGAGGGCGGAGGGCACUGGUGGAGGUGAUAGGGGGAAAGGUGCUGAAGCUGGUGAUCGAGGGGUUUUUGAGGGUUCAUGACCUCCAUCCUCACAGGAGGCAGACAUUCGAGUUGAUCAAGGAAUUGUGUGGGAAUGCGUUCUACAGCCCGGAGGGGAUUAAAGGGAGUUUGUGUGCGGUUGUUUGUGGGAGGGUGAGGGAAAUGACGAAGGGGUGUUUUGAAUUCCUGAGGGGACUGGCGGGGGUCGAUAGGGGACUCGUGCAAGGGGUGGUUGAUGCACUGGAGGGAGUGGUAGGGGACGCUGAGAGAGGGGGGAUGGUCUAUGUGGGGGCGUUGAGGUAUGCGUUGAAACAGUUUAUGCAGUUUUUGGGGAGGGGGGUUGGACAAGGGGAGAAUUUUAAGUUGUGAAGUUCUAGAGGAGUUUUGAGAUGAGGCAUUCUGGGGGAAUUGGUUAAUAGGAGAUUUUUAAGCUGUUGAAUUCUGGGGGAUCAGACAAUUGGGAGAUGGAAUUCUAGGGGAGUUGAUCAAUUGGAAAUUCUUAGAUGUGAAAUUCUAGGGGGUUGAAUAAUUAGGAAACUCCAAGCGGUCGAGUUCUGAGAGGAUUUCUAACUGAAUAAUUCUGUAGGGGCUAAUAAAGUGGCAAAUUCCAAGCUAUGGAAUUUCAAGGAAGGUAAUUAUCUAAAAUUCUAGGGGAGUCAACAAAAAUUGGGGGAUUUUGAGAGAUUAUUUGAGGAAUUUCCAGCUCGGAAACUAUAGGGAGAUUGGUGAAUUAGACACGGUUUCAAUUUCUAGGGGAGCGUCGAGGAUUUAUAAUUUUGUAAACAGCAAGGGAUUAUGCGAAUUGCUCCGGGAAUUCUAAGAAACAGAAUCCUUGAGGCUUAGCGAAUCUCAAGUUGUAAUAUUUUAGGGGAAUGGAUAAGUCGGGGAAUUCCAAAUUUUUUAUGUGCCUUUAUCGAUUCUUUAAAGGACAAUUUGCCAAUUAUGACCAAUUAUAACAUUAAUUUUCAACUGCGAGUGCUUUCUCUUAGUCUUUAGUAAAUUGUUUAUUCGUUUGUAUUAAAUUAAUUUAAGUUGUUUAUGUAAGUAAUUUAAUUAAUAUAUGAGUCGACUGAGAAUGUCUGAAUGACAACUUGUAAAUCACAAGUACUUGGUGGUAAUAAUGUAAAUAAAACCUUUUCUGAGUCUGGAUUUUACAAAUGAAA